AUGUACAAAGCGAAUACCACUUCAAGGCGUUGUCUUGGCCUAGCGGUCGGCAAAUGCAACUGUGGUGCUUGCCUAACAUUUGUUCAUUGUGUUUCUGAUCAGCAAUGCGGAGGUCUAGCAGGAGCAUGCACCGAAAAAGGAUACUGCGAUUGUGCCAGAGGUUUCAAACAAGCUGGAUAUGACAACGCUUUCGACGCCUUUGUAAAACUUUGUAACGUCAAAGAAUGCAUUCCAGACACACCCUCCUGUCACGGUCUUCCUUGUAAUGCCGGACUUUGUGCGUGUCCCAUAUGA